UCCCUCCUUGGUGGAGCCGAAGUGGACACGGCUCCAGUCGAGGAGAGGAGAAGAAUUUGGAAUCACAAGGAAAUCUCUGGGGUCUGGGCCUAGCGGACAGACAGCAACCCCAAAGUGUCAGCAUGGGGGCGUCCUAUGGCAAGAAACAGAAGGCAUACAACAUUAAGCAGCAGAGUGUGAAAAACGAAAAGCACCUGAAUGGAGGGGCCUCAGCAUAUGCAGAUAUCCAAUGGGAACAGCCUCAUCAGCCGAGAAACCCUGACAGGGAUCCAUUUGGUUACCCUCAUCGUGAGAUUCCCCCACUGGCCAGUUAUGCUCCUCAGCCUGAUUACAUGACAGGGGAUGAUGGUCUCAUCAAGCCUAAAAAGCUGAAUAAUCCAGUGAAAGCCUCUAAAAGCCACCAGGAGCUUCAUCGGGAGCUGCUUAUGAACCAUAAACGAGGUAUUGGUGUGGAGAGCAAGCCAGAAUUGCAACGUGUGUUGGAGCAAAGGAAGAGAGAGCAGAUGAUAAAACAAAGAAAGCAGGAGGAGGAGGCCAGGAGGAAAAUCUCUCCAUUGGAACAGGAGCUUCUCAAGAGACACCAGAAACUAGAGGAGCUGGAGAAGGAGCAAGCAAGAUUGGAGGACAGCAACUGCAGUGCUCCGGAAUUCAUAAAAGUGAAGGAAAACCUGAGACGAACAUCGUUUACAAGUUCUGGAGAGAAGGAGGUGUAGGGGCGUAAACAAAGACUGGAUCCAUGUGUAUUUGUGCACAGCCAGUAACAUAGAGAGCUGCUGCAGCUCCUAAACACCACCCACAUGACUCUGCUUCUCUACUUCCUGUCUCACACCAACAAUACACUCACCUCUCUCUGUAGGAGGUUCAGAGAGGUCAGAGAUAAGGACAAGACCCAAAGGGCCUCUGCUACACCUUCACAUUAUAAGGAGGUCGAUGCUUAAGAGGUUUCAGGAGACUGUAAAGAGAAAAAGAGUGUUUUUUUCUGCUCUGGGUCAGACUUGAUGGGUUAAAGAUUGACUGCCCAGGAUGCUUAUGAGUUUGUGUGUAUGCAUGGAUGGACAGCUAUGUUCUGGUUCUGCCACAUUAGAUGAAAAAGUGAAAACAAGGUACAGGGAUUAGUUACAGAGUGAAAAAAAAAACAGGCUAUUUCUCUCUAAAUGACAGGCAGAACAUGUAUAAGGCGGCGAUUACACAAACAAUAUCAGUAUUAUAGGCAAAUUGUUUUUUAUCAAACCGCCAAAUAUUUGUUCAUUGCCUAAUUUUAAACAUUGUCUCUUAUACUUAACAAUCAGCACUUGUCACUUUUAAAAUAUAGGAACUAUGAUUAUUUUCAGCUUCAUCACCCUUGAUUUGCAGUAUAACAGCUUGCACGUGUGCACACAAAAUUAAUUUUACUCCUAAGAAAACAACAACAACAACAACCAUUAAACAUAGUUCAUAACUGCAGUGAUGGCUAAAAUGAUGAUGCACUUUUACGAAGCUAACCAUUUAAUUUGACAUGUCAGAGUUAAACCAGUAUAAAAACAGGGAAGUUUCUGGUUUGUGCUUACUCCAGUGCCUUUGUUAAAGUAAUGCAACAGGAUAGGCUGCCUGACUGUUACUGUGGUCCAAUGUAUGUUGCAUAGAAUUUUGUUCAUAGUCAUAUCUUUAUGAAAUGUUCCCUAAUAAAACAGUUUUACAUUGUUUGGGUUUUCAAAGCACAGAGUAAAAUUGAAAUGUGUAAUUUCUGCCUUUUUGGCUCGUGAAGCCAUUGGAUAAUACAACAAUCAAUAUGUUACUUUAGUUUAAUGUUAAUUUAAUCCUCAUGUCGUUGCAGUCAAAAUCAUAAAACAAAUAUAAGAGUUGGCUACUUACAAUUUUUUUUGUAGCUUUAGCCGUGGCCUUUCGAUUGUUAUAAACGGAGAACUUACACAAUAAAGAAAAAGUACACAUGCUCCAUGUGAAUAAAGAUA